AUGGAUCUAGACAAGCGGAAGAAAAAGAAGACACUCAAGCCAGGGCCUGUAUACUCGAAGGAUAAGAUCCCAUAUGACUACAUUGUUUUGAUAGACGCUGGGUCUAAAGGCUCUCGGGUUUACGUAUAUAAUUGGCUUAAUCCAAAGGCUGCUCUUGAUGCUGGAGUUGACAUGCGAAGUGCUCCUAAAGUGAAUCUUGUGCACGAGUCUAUAUUGUCGAAUAGCGCUGACGAGAUCAAUGAUGAGUCUCAUAAUGCAAAGGGUAACGCUAAGAAGGUAACAUUUCCCUCAAUAUAUCUGGAUAAGCACUGGCACAAGAAAAUCACUCCCGGCCUCUCAUCAUUUUACCAAAGCCCACAGAAGGUUGGUAAAAGGCACCUCCGCUACUUACUUUCUUACGCUAGUGCCAUUGUUCCCAAAUCCCAACAUCACAGAACCCCUAUUUAUUUGCAUGCCACAGCAGGAAUGAGACUUCUUCCGCCUAAGGAGCAGACACCAAUACUAGAGAACGUCUGUCAAUAUCUCAUGACAAACUCCGACUUCUUCAUUCCUCAGUGCAAGUCUCACGUGAAUAUUAUAGACGGCGAUGUGGAGGGUCUAUACGGAUGGCUCUCCAUUAACUAUUUGGUUGGCGCGUUUGAUUGGCCCGAAGAGCAUAACCAUGGAAAAGAGCAUAGCACGUAUGGAUUAUUAGAUAUGGGCGGGGCAUCAACACAGGUUGUCUUCCAGCCAAAUUCUACCGAAUCUAAGGAACAUGAGAAUAAUUUAUAUCGCUUGUCCCUUGGUAGACUUCCGCAACUCGCGAAGGAAGAAGAUAAUCAUGAGAAAGUCGUCGGUGACUUCUACCCGCCUGAGAUCAAGGAGUUUAAUGUCUUUUCAGACUCAUUCUUGGGGUUUGGUAUGUUCCAGGCUCAGAAUAGAUUCCGCUCCAUUUUGGUUGAGCAGUAUAAGAAAGACAAUGACAUACCUGAAGAGACAAAUUAUUUUGGCACGCCUCUCUCUGACCCUUGUUUGCCGAAGGGGUAUACGACAAAGGAAGUCAUCAAUCAUCAUAACGUUGACUUCACAGGUGGGUCGGAUUUUGAGACUUGUUUGACAUCCAUUUCACUCGUUUUGAAAGCAGCAACUCACAACACAGGCACUCCCGCCGAUUGUAGCGAGCUAAGUCACGCAGACAAGGUGUCUUCAUGCUUACUAAAUGAUUUAGUUCCAGCCUUCGACUUUGAUGUGAACCACUUUGUUGGAGUAAGUGGCUAUUGGGAUGCUAUUAAUGCACUAUCAUCCUAUGGUAACAUCCCGCGAAGCGAUUCUAAUUCUGACUAUGACUAUCUUAAGAUGUACGAGGCAACAUCGCAAUGGUGCUCUCGCUCUUUUAAAGAUAUGGUGGAAAGAAACAACCAAAGAGAGAAGAAUGAGAGAGUAAAGGAGGAGGAAUUGGCACUGCUAUGUUUCAAGUCCUCUUGGAUUCUCAAUUUUUUGCAUGUCGGAUUGGGAUUCCCUAGAAUUGGAAUUGAUGGACAAAAAGAUGAUAAAUUUAAGUCUCUUCGGUUGGUUGAGAAGGUCGGUGGACUGUCGUUUUCUUGGACACUAGGAAGGGCUGUUCUUUAUUCGAACGAUGAGUACGUUCAAGCAUUUAACAAUUAUACAAAGGAAAAGCGUGGUAACGAAAAUAAUCUCCUUAAAAGACCAGGUUACUACUUCACUCCGAGAGAACAUGCUUAUCAAUUUGGGGCUGAAGCUGCAUUCUCCUACCCAAGACCACAGUUUACACCGGAAGCGCCAGACGCAAAAUACCCUGUGUUUGAUUACGAAUAUGACUAUGCUGCGAAACCCCUGGAGCUGAAGUGGUACUUACAGACACAUCGGAACUAUGGCGGUUUGAUCUUCAUGCUCAUGGUGUUAGCGAUUGCCAUUCUAAUGCUUGGAAAGAAAGGACGCAAGGAUGUCGUUGACUACGGAAAAGAUCUCAUCAACCGGAUUUUGAUACUAAUUGGACUACUGCAAUAUGCGUACGCUAUUGUCCCAGAGUACGAUCCGUCAACCGACUCAUACGAGUUAGAGGAGGCACCUCUGAAUGACUUCCGAAACGAAGGCUCAAGUAGUUUCGCAGUGGGUUACGAAGAAGAGGAGGUGUGA